AUGGGAAAACUUCUUUCCUUAUUUUGGGAGGUGGAUCCUCCCUCCAUGCCUUUAAGUUUUACCAUUCCAAACCAGGAUUAUGAGUGCCCACAGGAUGACUCUUGUGGGGCAAUAGGGACCUUCCUCGUUUGGUAUUUUGUCAUUAUAUUGGUCUUGAUGUUCUUCUCUCGGGCUUCUAUCUGGAUGUCUGAGAAGAAAAAGGAUGAAGACAGUGGGACAAGCACUUCAGUAAGUAAAGCAAGCCAAGAUACUUCCUAUAAGUGGCAAAACAAAGAUGGUGGCUGGGACUCUGCACAAGUGAUGAAAAAACCAAAGCAGAGUCAACUGAGUCCUAUAACUGACUCAGAAGUGGCUUUGGUCAAUGACUAUUUUGAACGAAGAAAAUGUAGGCACCAUUCUCAGCUCAGCCAGGUGAACCUGGCCCAACUUGACAGUGAUACUACUGAGUAUGACAGUGAAGAAUCUGACUUGGGAGUCUCCUCAUGGAAGGAGAGUGAAAGCGAACAACCAACACCAGCUGGUACAAAGAGAAAAAUAGCUCAGAGGCAACAGAGCGUGGGAAGUUACCAAACCAGGGAAAAGCCCUGCCUCCACUGCAGAGCCAGGAGAACCCAUGAAUGGCUGGCACGCCAUUUCCUUCAAAACACUUCAAUAACAGCCCCAAUGAUGGGAGAUGCUCAAGAGGAAAAUUCCGUACCUGACAUUAACACAAGAUUCAGUAAAUUUUGA